ACCGUUUAAAUGGCUUCCUACAUGCCACUGAAAUAACCCAGAGCGGCGCUGAAGUAAUCAACAUAUUUCGUCCUGAUUACAUUGGGAGUCCAGUGAAGACAGACUGCAGCGGCAUGUCGCCAAAGAUCACGCUGGAGCUGCUCCGGCAGCUGAGGCAGGCCAUGAAGAGCAGCAAGUACGUGAGCGAGCCCAUCCAGGCGUACAUCAUACCGUCGGGGGACGCGCACCAGAGUGAGUACAUCGCACCCUGCGACUGCAGACGGGAAUUCAUCUCUGGAUUCAAUGGCUCAGCAGGCACCGCUAUUGUGACAGAACAGCACGCAGCCAUGUGGACAGAUGGACGGUACUUCCUUCAGGCAAGCCAGCAGAUGGACAGCAACUGGACCCUCAUGAAGAUGGGCUUGAAGGAGACCCUGACUCAGGAGGACUGGCUGAUUAGUGUUCUGCCGGAGAACUCCAGAGUGGGAGUUGACCCCUGGAUCAUUGCGGCAGACCAGUGGAAAAGCAUGGCCAAAGCCCUGAGUGGUGCGGGACACUCUCUCGUUGCUGUGCAAGAGAACCUCAUUGAUGCCAUUUGGGUGGAUCGUCCAGCGAGGCCUAGUACGCAGCUCAUCGCUCUCGGCUUGAAAUACACCGGCUUGACCUGGCAGGAGAAGGUUGUAGCCUUAAGAUCAAAGAUGUCCGAGCGAAAAAUAUCCUGGUUUGUUGUGACGGCGCUGGACGAAAUUGCCUGGCUUUUCAACCUCCGAGGUUCAGACAUAGAAUACAACCCUGUGUUUUUCGCCUACGCCAUUGUUGGGAUGAGAACAAUAAGGCUCUUCAUAGAUGAAAAGCGCAUGGUCAACGCGGAUGUACGGGAGCACCUGCAGCUGGACACACCCAGCUCUUCGGAGCUGAGCAUCCAGCUGGCCCCAUACGAGAGCGUGCACAGCGAGCUGUGUGCUAUCUGCGCCGGCCUCGGGCCCAGAGAGAAAGUGUGGAUCAGCGACAAGGCUAGCUGCGCCCUCACCGAGGCCAUCCCCAAGGUCCAUAGGUCUCUUAUUCCUUAUACUCCUCUUUGCCUCUCCAAAGCUGUAAAGAACCCCACAGAGAUCCAAGGAAUGAAGAUGGCGCACAUCAAAGAUGCGGUGGCACUAUGUGAGCUGUUUGCCUGGCUUGAGAAGGAGAUUCCCAAAGGCACAGUGACGGAAAUAUCUGCGGCUGACAAAGCUGAGGAAUUUCGCAGUCAACAGCUGGACUUUGUUGGCCUGAGUUUUCCAACCAUUUCCAGCGUGGGACCAAAUGGAGCGAUAAUACACUACCGUCCUCUCCCAGAAACCAACAGAACCCUGACACUUAAGGAAAUUUACCUUAUUGAUUCUGGAGCUCAGUACAGGGAUGGGACCACGGAUGUGACCCGAACCGUGCACUUUGGAACUCCUUCAGCUUACGAGAAGGAGUGCUUUACCUACGUGUUGAAGGGCCACAUAGCAGUGAGUGCUGCCAUAUUCCCCAAUGGAACCAAAGGCCACCUGCUGGACUCAUUCGCUCGCUCUGCAUUGUGGGAUUGCGGCCUGGACUACCUUCAUGGGACAGGACACGGGGUGGGGUGCUUUCUUAACGUACACGAAGGGCCGUGUGGAAUUAGCUACAAAACGUUUGCAGACGAACCUCUGGAAUCUGGAAUGAUACUCAGUGAUGAGCCAGGAUAUUACGAAGAUGGGUCCUUUGGCAUUCGCAUUGAGAACGUUGUGCUGGUGGUACCUGCCAAACCCAAGUACAACUACAGGAACAGAGGAAGUCUGACUUUUGAGCCAGUUACCCUGGUCCCCAUUCAAGUGAAGAUGAUCAACACAGAGAUGCUCACUCAAAAAGAGCGGGAUUGGCUGAACGAGUACCACAGGCAGUGCAGAGAUAUAGUGGGGGCGGAACUGGAGCGUCAGGGGCGCAAAGAGGCCCUUGACUGGUUGAUCAGAGAAACUCAGCCGAUUGCUUGAGAAGAUGGGUCAAGCGAUUUGAUGAGAAUCCCAUUUAUUUAAUUAACAUGUUAAACAGAAGACUUUGACCAGCAGUAAUUUUUUGCCCUUUUUUUUUUUCCCCCUCCCCUACAUGAGGUUCUUAAUCUUUCUGCAGUUCUCUGUUCUGUUUAAUUUAUGCUCAUUUUGUAAAACCUACAUGUUCUCAAUGGUUUUUAGCAAUGUGCUUCAAUACAGUUCAGGUUUCAAAACAGUUGAAUGUUUUUAUUCUCAUGCUGUGGGCCGAACUUCGUGAAACGGACACCUGCGAGGUGAGUCGUUCUGUCUCACGUACAUCCGCAAUCUGGAGGAUGGUGUCCCAGCAAAUUCUAAAUCCUCCAGAAGAGAGUGACUCAUCUAUUAAUAAUCCUCCAUGUUCUUCAUCGGCUCAUCUCCAUUUCCACAUCAGUCUAAAUUAAAUACUUGCUCUGAUCUGGAGAGCUGAAGUGAUUUACAUUUAUUCAUUUAACAGAUGCUUUUCUCCAAAGUGACGUACAUCUCACAGAGAAAUACAGUGAUUUACUGGCACGUGU